CUUAUAGAAAAAUAAACGGAAACGCGCACUGUCGCCUUACGUGUUACUCCUUUGAAACAGAAGAUCCAAAUCGAUUCAUGUGUUAUGUAUUUCUGCGACCUAUAUUCUCGUGUACUGUAUUUCGAGAAAUCUAAAACGAUUUUUCAAAUCCCCAACGUAAAGCCAGAGCAAUGCGUGCUGCAAGCACGAACACUUAGCUUGUUUGCUACUUAACAUGUUUGCCACCUAGAAGAAACUCCAAAGCUUUACGAUUGAUUAAUUCAUGUAAUGUUUAAAAUAUGCACUCUGUUCAAAACGGCCGUCUUUUAAAAAUUAACAUUACAUAAAAAUAUUCGAUAAAUAUUAGCUAUAUUAUUGUUAUAUAAUGUAAUGUCCACAUAUAACAAAAAUACAAAUUCUACACUGACCUAAUAUCCAAUAUUAAUAACAAGUGUUAAAGAAUUGCGUGGGAACUGUGUUGGCUCCGGAGUGUUAAUUAGCCAACUCGCUACGUAACGUUAGUUCUGAGCAUUGACAGGUCGCCCGGCUGGCGAAACCCUGCGUGCUGUGUCCACUGAACUGUCCUUUUCACACUGUUCAACCAGACGGGACGGACCACAAAGAACCAGAAAGACAGACAGGGAGCGAGAAGACAGACAAUGACAACCGUACAAGACACAGAGGAUGCCAGUGAAACCGAUCUGGCCAAACACGAUGAGGAUGACUAUGUGGAAAUCAAAGAACAAAUGUAUCAAGACAAACUGGCCUCUCUGAAAAGACAACUGCAGCAGCUACAGGAAGGUACAUUGCAGGAGUAUCAGAAGAGGAUGAAGAAGUUGGACCAGCAGUACAAGGAGAGACUUCGAAAUGCAGAUCUUUUCCUUCAGCUGGAGACGGACCAGGUGGAGAGGAACUACAUCAAGGAGAAGAAGGCGGCGGUGAAGGAGUUUGAUGAUAAAAAGGUGGAACUAAAAGAGAACCUAAUCGCAGAGCUGGAGGAGAAGAAGAAAAUGAUUGAGAAUGAAAAGUUAACAAUGGAACUCACCGGUGACUCCAUGGAGGUAAAACCCAUCAUGACUCGGAAGCUGAGGAGACGACCUAAUGAUCCAGUUCCUAUUCCAGACAAACGGAGAAAACCGGCACCUGCUCAGCUAAAUUAUUUGCUAACAGAUGAACAGAUCAUGGAAGAUUUAAGAACACUAAAUAAGCUAAAAUCACCAAAGCGACCAGUGUCGCCCUCCACUCCAGAACAUGUCCCAUCAGUCCCCAUGGAAAACCCAUCGCAGCGCUAUGAGGCACGCAUUGAAGAAGGAAAACUUUACUACGACAAAAGAUGGUACCACAAAAGCCAGGCCAUUUACUUGGAAUCUAAGGACAACACAAAGAUUAGCUGUGUCAUCAGCUCAGUGGGGACCAAUGAGCUUUGGGUGAGGAAAACGAGUGACAGCACAAAGAUGAGGAUCUACCUGGGACAGCUGCAGAGAGGAGCAUUUGUCAUCCGCCGACGGACGGCUGCGUGAAACAUUACUCCCGCCCCACGUCGCACGACGCCCAUCUGUUCAGAUACCCAUUCAUCCAGCCGCUCCUUCAGCCACUCUCUGGGUUCCCCUGCUGAAUGAAUCUGAAAGACCACACACACAGAAACACUUUUUUUUUUUUUCUCACCAUUUUACACAAACACAGGCUUUUACAAGGUGUUUAUACACAGUAUUGAAUGUAUUGUUGUUGGUAAAACAGGUUAGCGUGGCCAUCAGUCGGACUUUUUAAUUGGACGUGAUGUUGCGGUUGUACACUGAUGCAUUUAAAGGCACAUUUAGACUCUUUAGUUAUCACUCAUGAGAAUUACUGAACACACACACACGCGCACACACACACAGGCCUGGACAUGUCAAAAGGUGUGUUUUGCUCAACAUUGUUCAUCCCAUGUGGCUGAUGUCAUGUCCUCUACCUUUUGCACUGUUACAGACACAGAGGCCCACUUUGCUCUGAUUGGUUGAAAUUUGUUUUCUGUUAUUUUAUAAAUAUAUACGUAUAAUUUGAUAUGUUUAUGUCAUUUUGUCAUCCUUUUUUUGUGUGUGUGUGAUCAUUCCAGCUCACAUCAACUCUCUGCAUGUGGAACCUUUUGUUGAUGUUAUGUUAUUUGUACUGUUACCAUUUUAUUAAAAUGUUUUCUGCAUUUGAUCAACCUAGUGAUGGU